AUGAAGCACCUCGCAGCUUACCUUCUUCUCGGCCUCGCCGGCAACGAGUCGCCCUCUGCCAGCGACAUCAAGUCCGUCCUCGAGUCCGUCGGUAUCGAGGCUGAGGACGAGCGCCUGGAGAAGCUCAUCUCUGAGCUCAAGGGCAAGGACAUCAAGGAGUUGAUUGCUGAGGGCUCUGCCAAGCUCGCCUCCGUUCCGUCCGGUGGUGGCGGUGGUGGUGGUGCCGCCGCCGCCGCUGGUGGUGCUGCUCCCGAGGCUGCAAAGGAGGAGGAGAAGGAGGAAGAGAAGGAGGAGUCCGACGAGGACAUGGGCUUCGGUCUCUUCGACUAA